UAGUCAAAAUACCCCUAGACCUGACCUUUACAAUCUCCUCCGCCCCAACCUCUGCAUUCACUACUCUAAAUCUCCGAUUCUCUUCUUCUCAUCCUCGCCACCGGCCCACCGUCUGCCGCCGUCACGCCGCACACCAACCCUUAUCUCUGUCUCUGCUGUUCCACCCGUUUGCCGCUGUCCUUUGCUUUUCUCGUCGUCAGAUCCGUUGCUGCCGUCUUCCACUUGUCCCGCCGUCCUCUUCCUCGCCUCCGUUCUCUCACCUGCUGAUUUCGCCGCUGGUAUUGGUACUUGUAUAAAUGAUCUGAUUUAGUGUUAAGUUGUUCUGUUAAUUGUUCAUUGCCGAGGAAAGCAUGUUGUAGCAUUCUGGAGCAGAACAUCCUUGAAAACUAGACCCUGUGAUCGGAUAACGCAAGGACAUAAGAGUUGUUAGUAAAAUGGUUUCCUUUGAGAUGAAUGAUCGCAAAAAGAUCGGGUUAGGGUUAACUGGAUUUGGUAUAUUUUUCUCAUUCCUUGGGAUUAUCUUCUUCUUCGACAAGGGAUUACUAGCUAUGGGAAAUAUCCUGUUUAUUUCUGGAGUGUCCUUAACCAUUGGUGUGAAAUCCACUAUGCAAUUCUUCACGAAACGAAGUAAUUUCAAGGGAUCAAUCUCGUUUGGCAUUGGAUUCUUGAUUCUCAUCAUGGGAUGGCCUAUUUUGGGCAUGAUCAUUGAGGCUUAUGGAUUCAUAGUACUAUUCAGUGGUUUCUGGCCCACACUGGCUGUUUUCUUACAGAAGAUUCCAAUUCUUGGUUGGUUGUUUCAACAGCCAUAUGUCCGAUCGUUGUUGGAACGUUAUAGAGGCCGGCGAGUACCCGUGUAAGAGAGGAGGAAUCGGCGGAAACAUUUUGUAGCUGCUAGCAAGCAAGCACGUUUAUCAGUGUAUGUAAAGAAAAUACCAGCAUAUGGGAGAUACCUGACUGUGAAUUCAGAGUUGGCACUCUGAUGCUAGCAUAUGAUUGUCACUUUUAACACGAUAGUCAUGUAUGUAGUGACAUGAUAGUCAUGUAUGUAGUGGAAAGAGUUCAUUGAUUAUGCGUCGAAUUAAUCAAUUACGCAAUCUUUGUUCGAAGGAUAAGAAUGAUAAUUUCUUAUUUGGGUCAGUGUAUGUAACAGUGCCUUCCGACAACACACUGCUAUAGGAUGAAAAAAUUUGACGGAGUUGCAUGUGUUAAUUUUCCU